UUUUACUCUUUGGCAGAGACCGGCAUUUUCCCACAACACCCUGCUCCUGCUUUUACAGAUGACGAAAAUGGCGGACAACUCAGCAUCGGUUGAAAUCGUCGAGGGCUGUCGCCUCCCCGUUCUUCGCAAAAAUCAAGAAAAUGAAGACGAAUGGCCAUUGGCUGAGAUUCUAAGUGUGAAGGAAGUUUCUGCAAGAAAGCUUUACUAUGUUCAUUAUAUCGACUUUAAUAAGCGCCUGGAUGAGUGGGUCACAUCGGACCGGCUGGACAUGAAGAAGCUUCAGUUCCCUAAGAAAGAAGCUAAAACACCAACAAAAAAUGGUCUUCCAGGCUCCCGCCCCAGCUCUCCAGAGAGAGAAGUGAAGAAGAGUCUAGAUCUCAACGUACAACCCACAGCCACAGCCACAACCACAGCCACAGCUCCUUCCAGAGGCAAAACCCUCCCCACACCGAAGAGGAAGGUAGAACCUGUCCCGUUGGCACCUCAGGUAUCCCCCGUCACCCCUGUACCCUCCUUGCCGAGUUCAGCUGAAGCAUCUCAGGCUGCCGUUUAUCCUGCAGCAAGGGAGACCAGCACCUUCAAGUCCCGUGAAGACCAUGAGCAGCUCACGUCACUCACAACGCAAAACGGUACUGCACGACGGCUCAUUCCAUCUCAGCCCGGGAGGAAGAGGAAAGCGAACUGUGGCGGCACCGAUGAGAUGAUAAAGGUUUUGCAGUAUAACAACCCUCAAAGUGCCAGUGUCUAUCUACCACCACCAGAGGAUUCCCAGGACAGCUCUGAUGGCAUCCCAUCUGCACCCCGCAUGACGGGCAGUCUGGUGUCUGAUCGUAGCCAUGAUGACAUUGUCACCCGGAUGAAAAAUAUAGAGUGUAUAGAGCUGGGACGUCACAGACUGAAGCCGUGGUACUUUUCGCCGUACCCACAGGAACUCACCGCGUUGCCCAUCCUCUACCUCUGCGAAUUCUGCCUCAAGUACCUCAAAAGCCUCAAGUGUCUGCAGAGACAUUUGACAAAAUGUAAUCUAAGACAUCCUCCAGGCAACGAGAUCUACCGCAAAGGCACCAUCUCAUUCUUUGAGAUUGACGGCAGGAAAAACAAAACAUAUUCCCAGAACCUUUGUUUAAUUGCAAAGUGUUUCCUGGACCACAAGACCUUGUACUAUGACACAGACCCUUUCCUCUUCUACGUAAUGACAGAAUACGACCCCAAAGGCUUCCAUAUAGUGGGGUACUUCUCGAAGGAGAAGGAAUCAACUGAAGAUUAUAAUGUGGCCUGUAUCCUUACCUUACCCCCAUACCAGCGGAGAGGCUACGGAAAACUGCUCAUUGAGUUCAGUUAUGAGCUCUCCAAGGUAGAAGGAAAGACGGGCACUCCUGAAAAGCCACUUUCUGACCUUGGUCUUCUGUCCUAUCGCUCCUACUGGUCCCAGACCAUCUUGGAAAUUCUCAUGGGCCUUAAACCUGACAAUGGGGAAAGGCCUCAGAUAACCAUUAAUGAGAUCAGUGAAAUCACUAGUGUAAAGAAAGAGGAUGUUAUUUCAACGCUGCAGUACCUCAACCUGAUCAACUAUUACAAGGGUCAGUACAUCCUGACACUGUCAGAGGACAUUGUGGAUGGCCAUGAAAGAGCGAUGCACAAGAGACACCUGCGUAUAGAUCCAAAAUGCCUUCACUUCACACCUAAAGACUGGAGCAAGAGGGGCAAAUGGUAGACCCCCCCCCCCGGUUCAGUCAAUGUCCUCCUCAGCCCUCGAUGAGCCAAAAGGCUGACAGUGGAUCAGAUAAACAUUUUAUUAAGCUGUUCCAUCACCAAGAUGACUCCUCAAAUGUAAAACAAGACUUUUAUUGUGAAUAUUCAUUAUAUAUGGUCAAUUUUCAGAACUCUGAAACCUUAGGAGUAAAGUAGACACUGGUUAAUAAACACCACAGAGUAACACAUCACAUCUAUGUAAAAGAUCACAGUGCGUUAUGAAAGGGAUCAAGUGUCAGCUAAAUAAAAUCCCAAAAUGGAAAAACACUGAUGAAAAUGAGACGGCUAUUGGAAGUGUUUUCGUUUACAUCUUUUGUAGCUGCCACACAAAGAAGUUCAGUUAAAUCCAAAUUAUCUUACAAUGUGGAUCUAGACACUGUAUCAACAGCUGAUUUGAACAGUUAGAUGAGAAUUAAAUUGCCAAAGCAUCGCACUCCAGAAUUUAGUUGCUACCAUUUGUGGAAAUGUACAUGUUAGUAAAUGAAGUGGCACACUAAGGUAGAGAACACACUACUUUACAGUUGAAGUCAAAGCCGUAGUUACUGUGUCUGACGUGGUAAAGAUCGGAUGUAUAAUGUAAUGUGUAAUCGGAUGGAGUUGUAUUUUGAGAUUGGUUGUGAUGAGUCGCAUUUUUAUGUAGAAAUAAAGUGAUACACAUUCAGAUGUUCACGUACACAACAGUAGAAAUGUUAAGUUUAUUCUUCUGGAGUGCCUGAACUCUCGCUCUAGCGUCUCUACUAACAGGAAGUGCAGAAACAAAAUGCAAGAAAUGUCCUGAUUGUCGCUAUUGUCACGUCAAAAUGAUAAAUAUCAGAUGAAAACACAAAAUCCUUGGAUGUACAUGGAGUUUCAGUUGCUCAACAUGUUUGUUUCUUUCCACAGUACCCGUACUGUUUUUCCACUUUUCCACGUUGGACUUAUUUAUACUCUGUGAUCAUGCUGAUGAAUAUUACUACAUAUCGUUUCAAUCCCUUGUCAUGACCAUAUGUACACAAUGUACAAUGAGACAAAUCAACCUCCUAAGUAUCUUUAUGUUCCCUGUAACUGUACAUACUGAACCUGAUUGUAAAAAAAAAAAAAGUAUGCUUAGAAGAAAUAAGCCAUGUUGAACUGUUAGAGGAAUGUAAAUUAUGUGUACAGUUGUCUUUAAAUUUUUUUUACUCAGUGUAAACUAACGGGCCGCACAAUAUUGCUAGGAAAAGACAGAAGGUGAUAUCUUUGUUUGACAUUGUGUUUUAUGUUUACAUGUCUCAAAGGAUGUUGGAUUUAGUAUAUCUUUAAGUGAAACAGUGGAGAGUAUGAUUUGAACAUUUGAUAUGAGAAUCUUGUUGAAUUGAUAAAAAAAUUCAUACAAACUCCA